AUCUGAUGAAUUAUUUUAAAAUUAUCAGGUCAACUCCCUUUCCCAGCUGUACCAAUACAGCUACAGUGCCUUUGGUGACUGCACAACCAUAACUCAGAAAAGAAUUGGUUUUCAUUUUCUGUUUUACAUUUUUGGUCAAGUGUCAAGAAAAGGAAGGGAGAAUAGGAAAAAUAUUCAGUUAUUUUUCUCAUUUGUUUUCUUUUUUUAUAUUUGCUUUUCACAUUACUGUGGCCUCCACGUGCAUAUGCUAUUCACAACUCAUACUUCAAAGCAAAACCUUUCAAGGAAUAAUUUUGGUGCAUGGACUUCACUACUGUUAUGGUAAAAAUCAUAAAUGAAAAUGCUUCUGAACUCCAAGACACUGGAAUGUGCAAUAAUGGAUGUUACAGCAAGAAUGUCAUGGUCUCUCUGGUUAGCCCUCUGGAAGGGUUGUUUGUCUUCGGUUUCCAUUUCCCCUUCAGAAGAAAGUGCUUUGCUUCAUGUAUACUUCCAGCUCUAACAUGUCAUGCAAAAACCCAAAUUUACAAUCAUUGUGAUCUUCUCCCAUAAAAUGUGGGAACUUUUCAGCUUUGUUAUUAGAGCUGGUUGAGGUCAGACUAAUGAGGGAACAGAGCUAGAGCAGCUCAUACAGGAACCAAAGGCGUGAAGGGAUCUUUCCGCUGAGUCAUGAGACUCAGAGUGGACCCCCUUGCUUUCUAUACUCCUUUUGAUGGCCUAGGUGUAGCUAGAUCCACUCUUACUCUUCGUCAGUGGUUCACAUCUUAACAGAGUUUCUCUUAUCCACCCAUUGACAACUAACCAGACAGUCACAAAUAAUUGCAGACAAAUUAAAAUUAAUUCUCCAAGCAAUUAAGACUUUACAUUUACCUCAACAAAUAACAUCUUCCUACCAAAUUUGUCAGUUUACUUGUCAGUUUACAUUUACUUUAUCGGGUUUUCAGGUUCUGGACUGACUUGUAUUUGAAGUCAAAGUGGUAAUGUCAGAGUACAGCAAAGAGCCUGCAGACAAUCCUCACUGAUAAUCCCAAUAGGGAGUGCUUUUUCAAGUGCUUUUUUUAGGGUGGCACCUGGAAUCCUGAGGAGCCAGGCUGUAAUUCCUUCAAGCUGUAGCACCAAAUGGGCCAUCUGAGUCAUGGCACCGUGACUGCCAGAGAAUAUGGAGACCCCAAGUGUGUAGUAGCCCAAGUACAACUUAACAUGGAUCAGAAGAAGCCUUAUUGACUACAGUCACAGUUAGAAAACAUCGGGGCAGCAUCAGCCCCUCUGCUCCCCUCUUCUGUCUGUAGAGACCUCUCUUAAGCACUGUUUCAAAUAAAGAGGUGAGGAAAAUCCUUCUGAUGCUGCUGCACUUCUGCUGACCACUGCACUCAACUGCUCUAGCUCCGCUGCCAAAUUAGUCUGACCUCAAUUAGAACGGCCAGAUCAAGCAGAGUGUGACUUUAGCAAACCCCUACUGUGGGUGUUUCCUUCCUUGGCUCAUACCCACUGUACAAGCCAUAUCAGUGUGGAUAAAAUGAGAGCAGACACUCAAGUCUCAGGUGGGAGAUGAAAUGCAUUGGUCUUGGUGGGACUGAAAUGCAGGCUGAGACCCUGGGAGGGCUGUCAUCUUAAUCACUGUGAUUAAAAUUUGGGCUGAGAUUUGAACAGCAAAUCAACAUCUUUAUAUAAAAAUAAGUCUUACAAGUAAAUAGAAGGUACCUUUAAAAUCACAGGCUGACAAAAUUCAUUUUGGUGAGGAUAAUACAUAGGCUUGGAUACCCUGAAAUUGGACCUUAUGGCAUGUGUGUGUGUGAGACUGAAUACAGGUGGGCACUGGAUUGUACAAAGUGAGGGAGGUUGCCCUUAAUGGUGGCCCAGCCCGGUUUAUAUACAAAGAUUACUCUACUAAAAUUGGCAAGGUUGUUGGUCUUUUUGUUUGUUUUGUUUUCGUAAUGAAACAGCUACACCUGGGAUGAUCUCCCUCAAAAGUUUCCCUUUGAGACUUUCAAAUUUGAUAAAAGAUGGGAGGAAAAAAAAACAGGAAAAAAAAUGAAAGCAAGAUAGCACACAUUCAGUGUGAUGCUUUUUUUAGUUGAUAAGAUGAUGCAGCUGAACAGUGCACUGAUCACAGAACUCAGAGCUUAGAAGACUCCCAGGAAAAGCUAAGACAAUAAAAAUUUAAAAUCAGAAUUGCUUGAUUAACAAACAAAAUCAUCUCAACAUCGAUAUAUUUCUGUCACACGUACUGCUGCUCCUGUACAGCUACAUAUUGUGGAUGGCCUUAUCAUCCACUUAUUAUGUUGUGGAUGACCUUUAAUACCCUAAAUCUUUAGAUUAUGUUUCUCAUCUAGCCCUCCUCAUAUCUUCCAGAUAACCUGGAUGAACAGGGGAGGAAAUCGAGUCCACUACUAGCACUAUAAACAAACCCUAUUUGAAUUUCCCUGUUGCAGAGGAAAUUGUAACUUAUCUCCUUGGUACCAGGACUUAUUGCUCCACUUCACAUGCCUCUGACUUUCUGCACAUUGCCUUGUCUUCUGAAGGUAUGGGUACUGCAGGAUAAUCCACCCCACCUCCUGUAACAACUUCCCUAUGUGCUUCACACGGUCCUAUUUCUGAUUAUUCUGUUUUUCUUUUAAGCCCUACUGCUCCACUUCACUUGUCAAGCAAAGAUUUCUCCUUUAAACUAGGAUGUGCCAUUAUUAUUACCCCGACUGAAUGUUUACUGAUGUUUCACCAGUGCAUCAGGAAGAAUUCAUCUCUCUAUGCAUAGACACCUAUCUCUCCAGACCCCUCUUUUCUUCAGGACAUCUUAGUGCAAGUGUCUUCCCAGAUUUGUCUUCUCACACUAACGAAGCAGGUCGUAUGCUAAGUUAUGAACCUCAUACUCAAAUAGGGAAACGCCUCUCCUGUGUGUUCCUCAUCAUCCUAUCUCAAAGAAAGCUGAGGAAGGUAUCUGACUGGUAACUGAUUCCCUGUUGCAGCCCCUAUGGAUGGUGAACCUUGUGACCAUCUUUCAUUGAACAGCUCCUUUAUCCCAUGUCCUGAUCUCCAGAAUGUACCCUUGCUCAAUCCAGAUCUUAUCCUUUCUGUAGAUGGCUCUUGCCUUUGUGACUCAAGUGGAAAACUUGCUUCCAGAUAUGCUGUCUGUGAUGCAUGAUAUAUUGCAGUAUAUUUCCUCUGUUCCUUCCGUACAAACUGCUAAACUUGUUCUUAUCUGUGCCUGUGUUAUGGCACAUAGCCAAUCUGCAGCUAUGUUCACCAACUCCUGCCUUGUGUUUGGUGUUGCGUAUCAUUUUGGUCAGCUCUGAAAACAACAUGCUUUUCUUAUGUCAGCAGGUUCCCAUGUGAAGGAUAGAUGUUAUGUAUGUGGAUGCUCUUUUACAAGCCUUUCUACUGUCUUCUUUUGUUUUUAAAAAAAAAAAGCUAUUGUUUUAAAUGUCAGUCUGCCAUAACUCUAUUCCACCCAUUCCAUUUGGCUGGAAUAGAGUUAAUUUUCUUUAUAGUAGCUGGUACCACAUUGUGUGUGCAUCAUGGUUUUGUGAUUUUUUGUUAUCAGUAUUCCACAUCAUAACAUCAUGUAGAGCACCGGGAGUUGGGAGGGAAGAUUUAGGUUGGAUGUCAGGGGGAAGUUCUUUACAGAGAGAGUGGUGAGGUGCUGGAACAGGCUGCCCAGAGAGGUUGUGGAUGCCCCAUGCCUGGAGGUGUUCAAGGCCAGACUGGAUGGGGCCCUGGGCUGCCUGGUCUAGUAUUAAAUGUAGAGGUUGGUGGCCCUGCCUGUGGCACAGGGGUUGGAGAUUCAUGAUCCUUGAGGUCCCUUCCAACCCUGACCGUUCUGUGAUACUGUGAGUUAAAGUGUUAACGCUCAAGUUCCGGGCACCUGUCUGGAAGAGAAGAAGAGCUACAUGCCCCAGGGGGCUUUGCAGUCAUAGAAGAGAUCUAACCCCUGGCAAGGUCACCUGAUGUGCUCUUCUUCAUCUCCCCACUGCUCAACCGGCCUGCACAUCUCACCUGAGCGUUAUGGUGAGGCCUAUCCACCUUUCGGACACUUGCUCUCAUUAUAUUUGAUUUAUUGGCUUCAAUUCCAAUUAUAUUGUAUUAUAGUGUAUUAUCUUGCAUUCUGAUACUAUACUUAGUAAAUUAGUUUGUUUCUCCUCAGAUCGUUGCCACUCUUUUAAUUAUUUUGGGGUUCCCCGUUUCUCUUUUCUGGAGGCACAGAUUUUGUGAAAUCCCUCUGCCACGCUAGUCACAGAACUGGGUUGAACCAGCCCGUAAACCAUUGACAGUGUGUGUUGGAUUGAGGAGGAAAAUAGUGUUGAUAGCACACUUAUGUUUUAAUUGUUGCUGAGCACUGCUUCCUCUAAGUCAAAGAUGUUUCGGCUUCUCAAGCUACCUUGCCAGUGUGGAGCAUGGAUGUGCACAGUUGUUCUUUUCUUUCCCUCUUUUUUUCUUUUUCUUUUUUUUUUCUUCCUUUUUUAUUAAACUAUCCUUAGUCCAUGAGAUUUCACAAUUCUCUUUAAGCUGUGGGGGAGGGGCGUAAGCAAAUGGCUGUGCUGUGCUGAGCUGCCUGCCAGAUUAAACCAUAUCAGCUUUUUCAAGAAAGGACCCAAAAUAAGGACUUCCUGUUGCACAAGUUGCAUCAGAACCAGAGACAUUGUCUACUCCUUGAGGCAGCUAAAUAAUGUGAUGAUUAUUUGAUAGGUAUAAACCAGACUCCAGCACUAUGUGGUGAGCUGUAACUCUGACACUGCCACAGUCAGGAUGUACCUUUUUCAAACAUUUUUGUCAGCUUUCUAUGAUUCCGUAGUUCUUUGGAGAUGAAUUCUAAAACCAUCAAAGGUGGCAACUGUGACAGGUAGCUACAUCCCAUACACCUAUAUCCUCCCAUACACUUUGCUACCUGUAACCAUCCUGCAUCAUUGCAGAUUUCUGGGUAGUAUUUUUAAAUAGUUAUUUAACUUUAGACAAAACCAAAAACAUAUGCAAGAGACAAUGUAAUAGGACUGGUCUGCUGUGGUUUAAGCCAGCAGGCAGCUAAGCAACACACAGCUGGUUACUCACUCUCUCCAUGCACAACAGGAUGGGGAGAGAACUUGUGGGUUGAUAGUAAAUAGUAACAGCUUAAUAGUAAAGGAAGAAAAAUGGAAAAUAAGGAACAAUGACAUGAAAAAUACCACAAAAGAUGCGACACACAAUGCAAUUGCUUACCACCCACCAACAGAUGCCCAGCUAGUCCCGAGCAGUGGCAGCUAACUCACCCAGUUUUGUUGUUGAGCACAAUGCCAUACAGUACGGGACAUCCCUCUGCCCAAUUUCAGUGUCCCAGCUGUGACCCCUCCCAGCUCCUUGUGCUCCCCCAGCCUCCUUGCUGGCAGGGCAGUGUGAGAAGCUGAAACACUGCUGGCUCUUUGUAAGCACUACCCUCUAACAACAAAACCAUCAGUGUGUUACCAACAUUAUGUUCCUCCUAAAUCCAGAGCAAAGCAUCAGUGGAAAUGACGAUGCAGGCCCAUGCUACUUCUUAUGAAGAUGUCACACAAGGAGAUGACCUGGCUGAUCAUGACGACCUUGCCUGCAGGCUUCAAAUUUUGUUGUUAAUUAUUUUUCUGACUCAGAUUCACUUUCUCUUUCAGAACUUUCAUUAUUAUAGAACAAUGAACCUAUAACUGUGAAGGAAGAGUCCUGGAGGAUUCUUGGCUCUGCAGUGGUUGCCAGUUAUACCCAAUACUUUAUGGUCGUGUCUCAUUCCAUUUUACCCUUCCUUGCUUAUGUGUCAUACCGCAUGGCUCACAUUAGCAAGAGAGAAUUACCACCGCAGUACAGCAGAAAUCCAAAAUUUUUCUGUAAAGCACAGCAGUAUUGCUGUCCAUACUGUACCUGUCCAUAACAGUUGCCUAGUCCAUAACACAGGCCAGUGUACAAAACCAACACCUGCAGCACAUCCCAAACAUCAGAUACAAGUAUAUUUUGAACACAGCAGAUACACGUCCUCCAGAUGGCCAAACACUGUAAUUCAGAUAACAGUGCUUGUUGUCCUUUAUGAGUAGUCAGGGUUGCAAACAUACUGAUGCCACUACUACAGCCAAGAAACUUUUAAGAGACUUGAUACUUUGAUGUGGCAUUUCUUUGAUAUAGAUAGUAAUCAAGGUGCUCGUUUCACAAGCCAAAAUAUUAAAAAUAUUUGCACAGCUUUAAACAUUUAGCAACAGCUAUGUUAUGCCUCAGCCCAGCAGUGCAGAAGGAAGAAUCUCUGACCUGAGAUGUGAAUUGGCCAAGGUAUGUUAAGAAACAGGACUGAAGCAGCCAGAAGCACUGCUGCUGACAUAUAUGCAACGCACAGUAAACAGGAUGUACAGCCUGUCACCUCAGGAGAUUCUUAAAGGAUGGCCUAUGUGCCUUCCUCAUUCACCACCUGAAGAACGGCAUGAACUUGGCCUGUGAUUACCAGGCGUUUUAACACUGCAGAUCCCUAAAAAGCGUGGGAUAUCUGUCUAUCCUCAGGUGAAGGAAGCUCUCUUAGUGCCCUCCUUCGGACCGUGCCACGCUCUGCAGCUGGCAGACCGGCUCUACACGAGGCGGCCAACAAGUACCUCGGUUCCGAGGGGAGGGGAGGGGAGGAACACACGCACCCUGGGAGGAUCCCAUCCCAACCGCCCCUUCCAACGGCUCGGCAGGGAGGUGGGGACAGGCAGUAGGACAGCGCGGCCCCUUGGAGCGGCCAUCAACAGGAAGCGCCAGGAAGCGGGCACGUGAGCCCUACACUUCGCACCAAGCGUUUGAGAGGCUUUAAAGCCACAAGGGGCGGAGCGCGGCAGCAUAAUUAUAAGUAUUUAAUAUUACUAUAUUCGUAUUAAGCACCCAGCGUUGCUCACCGGCAGCCCCGAAUCUCCGUGACGAGCUCCUCUCCGCUCGGACCCACCCACCGCUGCGGUGCGGGCCGCCCUCCGGAUCCCGCCCACGGAGGCAAAUGAGCGCCCUGACGGCGUGCCGAGCGGGCUCCCGCUGCUGGCAGAGCUGGCUCUCCCAGGUCGGCCCCGCUUCGCGGCACCGCAUCCCCCAGCGAGUAGCAGGGGCGUCCCCGGCCCGCCGCCUCUCCUCCAUGGCCGCCACCAUCCGCUUCUCACCAGCCACCCGCAGCCUCUUCGAUGAGCCGCUGGGCAUCACCGUGCAGGGCCUCAGCCCGCGGCAGCAGGUCACCCUGCGGGCGUCCCUGCGGGACGAGGCGGGCGAGCUGUUCGAGGCCCACGCCCGGUACCAGGCGGCGGAGGACGGCGAGCUGGACCUGGCCCGCUGCCCCGCGCUGCCGGGAGGCAGCUUCAGCGGCCUGGAGCCCAUGGGGCUGCUGUGGGCGCUGCAGCCCCGCAAGGCCUUCUGGCGGCUGGUGAAGAAGGACGUGCAGACCCCUUUCCUCCUGCGGCUGGAGGUGCUGGAGGGCCACGGGGAUGACCCCGGGCGGCUCCUGGCCCAGGCCCAGCACGAGCGGGCGUUCCUGCGCGACGGGGUGCGCAGGGUGCCGGUGCGAGACGGGAGGAUCAGGGCAACGCUCUUCCUGCCCCCCGGAAACGGUCCCUUUCCAGGAGUUAUUGACUUGUAUGGCACUGGAGGAGGACUCCCCGAAUACAGGGCAUGCCUGCUGGCCAACUAUGGCUUUGCUGUGCUGGCACUGGCUUUCUAUGGUUAUGAAGAUCUCCCCAAAGAGAUGAAGGAGAUCAACCUGGAAUAUUUUGAAGAAGCUGUUAACUAUAUGUUACAACACAAGGAGGUUAAAGGUCCCGGGAUUGGGUUGCUCGGUUUCUCCAAGGGGGGUGACUUAUGCAUUUCAAUGGCCUCCUUCCUGAAGGGCAUCACGGCCACUGCUGUGAUCAAUGGCUCGGUGGCGAACGUGGGCGCAGUGCUCCACUACAAGGACGUCACCAUCCCGCCCCUCGGUGCCAACACAAAACGUAUCAAGGUCAACAAGUCUGGGAUCGGUGAUAUCAUCGAUGCACUUAACAAUCCCUUAGAAGGGCCUGACCGCCAAAGCUUUAUCCCUUUGGAGAAAGCUACGUGUCGCUUCUUGUUCGUUGUUGGCCAGGAUGAUCACAACUGGAAAAGCGAAUUCUUUGCAAUUGAGGGGAGCAAACGUUUGCAAGCUCAUGGGAAGGAAAAGCCUGAGAUAAUCUGUUAUCCUGGAGCAGGACAUUAUAUUGAACCCCCUUUUUUCCCAAUGUGUGCUGCCUCAAUGCACCUGCUGGUUGGAAUACCUGUGAUGUGGGGUGGGGAGCCCAAGGCGCACUGUGAGGCACAGAUAGACUCCUGGCAGCAGAUCCAGGCUUUCUUCCACAGACACCUUAAUGGUGAGCCUUUCAGGACAGCCAAUAAGUUAUGAUGUGAUUUGGGUUACUGUACAGAGGAAGAUGCUAGUGUUUCACAGUUGUUUUGUUAAUUGGCUCUGAAUGAGAGCAAAGAACAUCAGAGAAUAAACAGUUGUUUUUUUUUCCCAAGCAGGUGGUGGCUGAGAGUUGCAUCCUCUCCACACCUUCCUCUAACACCCAGUGAUAUCUUGGCCUCCCAUUGUGUGUAGUACGGGAGGGAUGUGGAAGCAUGAUGAUGACAAGGCUGGGACUGUUUUGAAUGCAAGUUUAAGUGGAAAGAAAUCAGCUGAGAAGUGGGAUGAAAAUCUAUUUACCUUGUAAGUCUUCCUUAUAAGAAGUGUGUUGGAUGCUGCUGUCCUUACUGGAGACAGUGCACUUUUUUGUCUGAAAGCAGCUGUUCCCUCUAUCAACAUCCAGUAAUCUCAUGUCACUAAGUUGUGUGUCUGCCUUAACUCUGCCCAUUUUGAGAUCUAGCAUCUAGCAUGUCUCCAGGGAGAGAUGACAACAGCCCACAGCCCAAAAGUGCAUUCUGGGUAUACAUACUAGAACUGGUAGGCUUCCCCUCUGGCUUUCUAGGAGGCGUGGGGAGCAGUGGGGUUCUGUUCUGGAGAUGCUGAACAGUUUUUGGCUCCCGAGCACGCACGUGAAAGAGAAAGCACUGAAUGUUGUUAGAGAAGUGCUGGCGACUCUUCGCGGUUACCUGAAAAACCCUUCAGUGCCUUACAGCGGCAGGCUGAGCGCACGCAGCUAACUGGCUGAAUCCAGCGUUCGACUUGCGCGUCAUUUCCACGGGUUAUUAAUGCACCUUGCACUCUCCGCGCUUUUCUAAUUCAUUAAAGUGAAACGUUAACUCGA